CAGAGCCCCAGCGCGGAAUGGCUGUUUUGAGUGCAGGAACCGGCGAAUCAAGGUAGGUCUCCUUGGAUUUAAUCCCGGCGAAGCUUAACUUAAGUUGUCUGGGCCUGCCUGCUGUUUUCUUGGUCGUCGAUUCCGCUGAAAGUUUUCCAUCUUGGCUUCAUUUCAUUUUAUUUCAUUUCAUUUCCCUUCUUCUUCUUCUUCUUCUUUUGCCUUUCUCCCUACCCGCCGGGAUGCCUGGGUGCUUGGAUGCCUGAAUGAUGCAGUGAUUCCUCCAUCCAUCCCUCCCUCUCUCCUUCCCACCCUGGAUAUGUACUGCCUCGUGAACCUCUACGGGCUUGUUCAAUUGCUGCUGUGAAUCGGGACCUCGCUGUUCCCCUGAAUUUCAUCUCCGCUGUCUUACCAUUGGCACUGGUGGGCCAGUUUCUCCCCGAUAUAUACUGAUUGGCCGGGAUGCAGUGUCCGAACGAACACCCCCAGUGCUCCCAUUGCACCAGCGACAACAUAAUAUGUCAAUAUCUCUCCUCGUCCACCUCUCUCGUCUGGCCAAGGGUCAAGUCUCGCUCCACCACUCCGACCAUCCCCCCGUCCCGCACGGCAUCGCCAGCCCACCUGAACCCUAGGGUCUUCGCAGAGUACCGAGUCGUUAUGGAUCCCGUCGCCCCUCAGAGCCCCGCGGGCGAGCUCAACAUCCAGGAUCUGGAAUUGAUGAUGCAAUGGUGUACCACUACCUACCGGUCUGUCUCGCGGAAUAGCUCGGUGGAGGGGAUCUGGCAGGGCGUGGUUCCGCGGGAAGCCAUGCGCCACCCAUUCUUGAUGCACGGCAUCUUGGCCCUCUCCGCCCUGGAUCUGGGCUUCAACUCUCCUCCCGGCCCUCCGAAAGACUACUACACCCGAACCGCCCAGACCCAUCAGUCCCGGGCCGUGACCGGUCUCAACAAGGUCGCGGGAAACCUGGACCGAUCGAACUGCAACGCCGCUUUUGCACUUUCCAGUAUCAUGGUGGUCUUCUCCUUUGCUUUUCCUCGAACAACGGACAAACGCGGGGAUGUAUUGGACGAGCUCCUGGAGAUAUUCCGGUUCACACGCGGGUCGGUGGACGUACAAGGAGGAAUCAUCGAAUGGGUUGCAGCUGGAGAGUUCAGCCCGCUGCUCGAGUACGACAAUUCGCAGCCAACGAUGCCCGACACAUCUCGACUAGCGAUCAUGUCGUUGUCGCGGCUGAAUACCAACCUGGCGAGCGACGAUCCCGCGCACGAAAAGGACACGUAUGAUACAACGAUUCGGUACCUGAGUUACUCGCUGGACAAGCUCGCUCGGGGCGGCGAGACGAUGAUUAUUGCGUUUCAGUGGAUUUUCCAGAUUCCGCCGCGAUACAUGGAAUUACUCCGGGAGAGGCAGCCAUUUGCGUUAGCAAUUCUGGCCCAUUACGCGGUGAUUAUCCACUCGCUGCGAGGACAUUGGUGGAUGGGCGAGUGGGGGGCACGACUGAUCCGGGAGAUCGGCCAGCAUUUGGGUGCCGACUGGCGAGACUCCAUCAGCUGGGUGGUGGACGCAACGGGCUGCUAUAUUCCUCCGGUCUGAGACUGCUCGGAAUCAAUCCUUUCAUUCACCUAUUUAGGGAUGUGAUCGUUGUUACCAUCCGUGAGACGAGUGCAGCGCGCCCGCUGCCAUAAAGAUCCUCGCAAAGAGGCAGGUGACCCCACUGCCAUGACACGAGUCACCAUGCAGCUCACUGACAGAUGGAGCCAUGUCGUCGGCUACCAUAAGAAAUGAGGAUCUCGACGUCUGGGGAGGCCGACCGGGGCAAGCACUAGGGGUGAACACUACGAAGACAAUGAGCUAGUGAGGACAAGAUGAGACUAUCAACCGCCAAUCCGCCGCGAAAGGAGGGUGCUGGCCAUCUGACCGACGGAAAGGCCUGGUCAAGGAACAAUGACCACAUGGAGCAGCUUGGCAUGACCAUAGCACUAGAACAAGUUAUAGUACGAACACAAAU